AUGUUACAAAAUCGCGCGAUUGCAGAAACUAGAAUGCGUCCUCUUCAUGUGCCGUAUCCAUUCAACGGCUUCCUGUCACUAACCGGAACGCAACAGCCAACUCAUCCGGUACCACCGGCACCAACCAUUUUUCCGAAUCAUUACACAAACGAGCAGUGGAAUCGUUACUAUAUGCAUUUAUAUCGACAAAUGAUGCUCGCACAGAUUUCGGCUGAUGCGCAGAGGCAACGAGUGAUCCAUUUUAAUCAACAAAUGGUAAUGAAAGCAGCAAUAGAGGACAAAAACGGGAAUGCACCAGUAGUGUCCUGUAACGAUCAUCCGAAAUUUGAUUUUACUCAGCUUGCUAAAAGCAUCGAGAAUGAAAGCAAGGUUGUUUGA